UCCUCUUUUGAGAGCACAUACACCUGCCUCUAUGGAGUUCUGCUUGGCUCAGACAUGCCCCCAAGAGAAUCGUGAAGUCCCCUCCCCAACUCUCAGCACCUCCCAGCCCAUGAACUUGACCCAGGGGAGAUGCCAGGAAUUGGGUUGGGGGAGCAAGCCCAGCAUGCAGGCUCUGAAGGAAGGGGAGGUUCAGCUCAGCCCCAGGGCCACCCACGACAUGGCUUCCGCCUCAGCCUGGGUCCUAGGGAAUGCCGACAAGGAGGAAGAGGUGCCUGGGAAAGAUGGUCUGUCCCUGCAAGCCGAGACCAGAGCGUGGGUCCAGAAGACCCAGGCCCACUGGCUCUUGCUCAGGACUGCCCCUGUUUGGUUCCAUGGCUUCAUCACCCGGCGGGAAGCUGAGAGGCUGCUGCAGCCCCAGCCUCAAGGAUGCUAUUUGGUGCGCUUCAGCGAGAGCGCUGUGACCUUCGUGCUAUCCUACAGGAGCCGGACCUGCUGCCGUCAUUUCCUCCUUGCCCAGCUAGGGGAUGGGCGUCACGUGGUGCUGGGCGAAGACAGUGCCCAUGCGCAGCUUCAGGACCUGCUUCAACACUACACAGAGUGUCCUCUCAGCCCCUAUGGGGAGACGCUCACCCAGCCCCUUGCCCGCCAGACUGCCGAGCCAGCUGGACUUUUCAUGAGGACCGAAUCAGUCUCUGGAAGCAAAAGACAAGAGGAUCCUGACAGCCAGCACAGCCUGCUCAUACAACAGGGGCAGGCCCAGGCCCCAGGGCACAAAGAGAAAGUGUGGGCUUCCCAACCCAAAGAGACUUCACCCAGUGCCAGGCCUCCCAUCCCUGCCAAGCCUCAGCUUCCUCUUGAAGUCUAUUCAAGUCCUGCUUCACGACCCCAUCGGGCUCUACCCACUAACCCCAUCUACCAGGAACCUGACGAACCCAUAGCCUUCUAUGCCAUGGGACGGGGCAGUCCUGGGGAAGCCCCCAGUAAUAUCUAUGCUGAGGUAGAGGGGCCAUCAGGGAUGGCACCCACUGGGCACCCCAUCCUCCGGAAGUGCUGGUCCAGACCUAUCUCAGGAGGCCAGGUAAAAGGGGUACAGGGGAAGAAAAAUUCAAGAAGGCCAGCAGAAAGAGGGAGCCCCUCCUGAACAGUGGGGCAAGGUGAAGGUCAUUGAGCUGAAGCAGGCUGGGGUAGCACAUGCCGCCCGAAACCUUUGCCCAGCUCCAGGCCUGAGACUACUCCGUCCACCCUCCUGG